UCCGAAAAUGUUUUUAACGGAAAACUUUUCCGUUAAAAGCAUUUGCGGAAAAUCAUGCCAGUCUAGACGUAGCCCCAUAGUUAUCACAUAAACAUUAUCUGAAGAAUAAUUACCACAUGAAAUUACUGGCCUGAGGUUUCCCAGGGUGUUCUCUGCCCUCUUGGUUAGUGUUUAAAGUACUCGCUUUUAUUUUUGAAGUUACAUGUUGUAAAGGCAGGAAAAUGGAACCUGCAGAAGAAAUCUAUAUUGAGCUGUAGCAUGUUUGCUAAUUUUUUCUUUCCUUCAGAAUGGCUGGCACUGUGCUUGGGGUGGGGCCAGGAGUAUUUAUCUUAGCGCUGCUCUGGGUCUUGACAUUGCUGCUCUGUGUGCUGUUAUCCAGGACAUCUGGGUCUGCAAGAUUCUCUGUCAUUCUAGUUUUCUUCUCUUCUGUGAUCAUUACAUUGGUUCUGUUACUUUUCCCUCGUGCCAGUGAGUUCCCAGCACCAGCUACAGAAAUGAAGAUUGUGGACACCUUCUUCAUUGGCCGCUUUGUCCUGGUCUCGCUUCUCAGUGUGACGUUUCUAGGAAGCCUGUUCCUGGUUCUGGUUCACCACAUCCUUGAGCCAGUGUAUGCUAAGCCACUCCGAGUUAACUAGCUGUUAUGCAGAAGGGAAUUCUCCAUGCUCCACGGCAGGCAGUAUGUCACCAACUGGGUAAAGAAAAUGUGCUCCCCAGAUCUCUCCAGAAGCCUUUCUUUAAGUGGAGUUCUGAGUCUACACUCAUUUCCAGAGUCAGCGUCAGCUUUCUGAGUCCUUGGCUUCUCCACGAUGAAAUCAUAGAAGAG